AUGAUUAUUCCCAAGCAGAACAGGCGCAUCAUCUACGAGAACCUCUUCAAGGAGGGUGUUCUUGUCGCCAAAAAGGACUUCAACGCGCCGAAGCACGAAGAGCUUGAUGUCCCCAACCUCCAAGUCAUCAAGGCUCUCCAAAGCCUGACAUCCAAGGGUUUCGUCAAGACCCAAUUCUCCUGGCAAUGGUACUACUACGUGCUGACACCCGAGGGUGUUGAAUAUCUGCGUGGAUGGCUCCACCUCCCUGCUGAGAUCGUUCCUGCCACACACAAAAAGGCAGUUCGCCCUCCUCGCCCGGCUGGCGUCCGCCCCGGUGGUGGUGAGGGUGCCUACCGCCCCCCACGUGGCGGCGAUCGUGACGGAUAUCGCAAGAAGGACGACUCCGCCCCUGGAGAGUACAGGCCACAAUUUGCUGGUGUCGGACGGGGGGCCCCUCGGGGAGAGUAA